AUGUUAAUGCCCCUGCGGAAACGGCACCGUCGCGGAAGACAAGUCUCGGACUCAAGUGGCAGCGUAUCGACCGGUCGCGGGAAACCCAUGAAACAUGCGUCCCUGCUGAAACCAUCUCGCAAGACUCGAACCCAGCAGGCAGAACUAAUACACAGACAACUGAAUGCCGCCUCCCGCACUUACACACCUUCCACAUUGGAAUCUCUAGCGAAUGAAAUUCUCGAGCAGAUCUUCUUUCACUGCUUGGAGCUGAAUCUUCCUAGGGCUUCGCCAUACCUCGCUAGAGGUUUGUCACGACGCCCGAUUUACGUUGCUCUCGUAUUGUUCGCCUACUAUGAACCCGAUUCAGCGCAGAGCCAAAUCGAAACUGAGCACUUCCUGCCUGCUGCGUACCGAAUAAUCACUAGGGAUGAACGUCUUCGACUGCAAGAGGGUAUUCCUCGCUGCCGAUGGUUCACCCUGGAGUUGUUUGAGUCAUGUCUGCCCACACUAAGCCGGCUCGCGAUGUUUGAAUGUUGGCACCGUGAGAGACAGGAAUUGGAGGCCAAGCUCGAACAAGAACCGGUCCACACCGGAACUGCAGCACGCUUUCCAAAACCAGCUUCUCCUUCACCAGUAUUGAACGACAAGCUCGAAAUGGAAAGCUAUUACAAGGCGAGAAAGAGUUCAUACAGCUUGGGGGAUGAAAACAGCGGAACACAUGGCAUGGACACUGGCCAUGGAUAUCAGGCGGCGCUGGGUCUCGGGGACAUUUCAGAGCCCGUUGUCGGACCAGCGAACAAAGAUGGCUAUCUUCCCUUCAUUGUGACACCUACUCCUCGGCAUGAAGACGGAGGGUCUGCUGCAUAUGAAGGCCGGAGUAUCCUCAUUGUCCGUACUCUCCCAGUCCACAUAUUGCGAGGUGCUCCAUGGACAGAUGCGAAAAUCAAAUUGCUCCAAUAUUUCCGCCAGGGACUGCGCCAUGAGCCCUUUGACCGGACUCUCUUCGUCUCCCCAAAGGCUUUGUUUGAUGGCAUGGCCGGUGCGAUAGUGGAAGGAAACGAGAAGGCUCUGCUGGUAUUGCUGGAACUGCAUGCCACGGUCGUCAAGCGUCCUGCCCCAAUCCGCAAGGAUGUUGGAUUCCAAGAGGAGCUAAUCAGUCCCCCACUCAAUGUGUUGCCACUCAGGUUAUUCCACCUUGCUUGCAGGUUAAAGUCGUCGACGAGAAUUAUGUAUUUGCUUCUUCGGGGCGGUGUUGAAAGCAUUCCUUACGAUGACGAAGCACUCACACGCUGGGCCAUGCACACCAAAGCAGUGUCCUCGUCAGACGAAGAUGUCACUAUGGCACGAUGGCUUUUAAAGUACAUGGAAGAAACUGAAUCCGCGAGCACGGGACCAGGUGACCGACUCUCACGACCUCGACAUUCAACGACUGUCUCGCACGUGUACCGGACCCCAGACGGAUUGACGUUCACCAAGGAGAUCGGUUAUAUCUGCCUGGACUCGCCUACGUCGUCUCUAUGGAGAAUACAUACGAAAGAUGCACUUGGCGACAAAUGA